AAUCUUCAGCUGAAACCAGCACUGCGCUGCCUGCUGAAAGCGACAGCAUCAUUGCACGCGUCAAUUGAACGCAUCCUUUUUCAGGGAGAGCUGGUGGCUUGCAUUUGCACAGCUCACUUCUGGCCGCCUAUCAAGCCUUUGUGUGUUUGUGCUCGUGCAGGGCCGUGGUGUUACAGGACUAUGUGGAAAGCAAAUUCUAGAUUGCAGAGAAUCUUAGAUACUGGCCUUGCGCAGUUUCGAGUUCAUCAGAGUGCAGCUUUCGUGUUGAACAGCUUGGCCUUCAAGUCAUUCUCGGACCAAGCCAUGGAGAAGCCAGAAGGGAGCGUACAACGUGUGUUCUCUGGCGCUGUAUGGGAGCCGUCUGCGGGCUAUUGCCGAGGAAUACGCUCAGGAAAAACAAUUGCAGUCUCUGGGACAACCUCCCUUGAUGACCAGGGCAAGCUGUACGCCCCAGGGGAUCCUUAUGAGCAGGCUAAGAGAUGCCUGCAAAUUAUCGAGAAGGCCCUUCUGGGGCUAGGGGCUGAACGUAAACACGUCAUCAGGACACGGAUGUUUGUGACUGAUGUGAGUCGAUUUCAGGAGUUUGCACGCGCUCAUGGAGAAUUCUUCAAAGAUUGUCCCCCAGCUUCCUCCAUGCUUGGGAUCUCUGGAUUGGUGGACCUAGGUAUGCUCAUUGAAAUAGAAGCAGAUGCUGUGAUUUCAGACUAGUGUGAAAUAUUAGGGGAAGCCGCCCGGUCCUCGAGCAUAGCCACAUGCCGAAGUAUCCAGCUGGCUAAGUUGUUAAAACUACGAUGAAUGAUUAGCUUUGUGUUGAAAUCUGGUAAUCCAAUCUUCUAUAGUUCCUCAUGUAAUACCAUGACCAUUGGGAAAAUCAUGAUGCAGAUCUGGCCUCGUUCGUGUCUGU